AGUGACUUCUCUCUGCAGCUCUUCACUCCUGUAGAGCUCCUGUUCAGCGUUGAUCAGGUGGAUUCUUCCUCUCAGCUGUUGAUGGACAGAACAAAAGUCUCAGUGUCCUUCCUCCUCCUGACUUCUCUUCCUGCUCCCAGCUGUCUGUGGUCAGUCACACCAACACACUGCUCGCUGCAAUUCGCUGGAUUAUCUGCCGCUGGAUUAUCUGAUGCUGGAUUAUUUGACGCUGGAUUAUUGCUGCCUAUAGCGAAGUUAAGUGUUUGAACGAACAUAGUAACAGAGAGAAACUACCAGGAAGAAUGAAUCGCUGCUGUGUAAACUGCUCCAAAACUCUGCUGAUACAUCUCAACUUCCUGUGCUGGCUGUGCGGGGCGUUUGUGGUGGCGUUUGGGGAGUUCCAGAUGAUUCACUCCCAGUUUGCCUCCCUGGUCCCCAGCUUCUGGCCCGUGUACCCCGCCAACACGCUGGUGGUCAGCGGGACCAUUGUCAUGUGUGUGUGUUACCUCGGAGUGUUAGGAGGCAUGAAGGAGAACCGCUGCAUGCUCAUCACUUUCUUCGUCCUGCUCUUCAUCCUGAUGCUGGUGGAGCUGGCCAUGGCCUGUGUGUUCCUGGUCUACAGCACCGAGAUUGACACACACUUUGAGAAAGACCUGAUGAAAAGCUUGGAGAUCUACAGACAGUCCAGUCCAGAAAGCAACUCAACCAUUAAAGAUGACUUUGAUGCUGUCCAGGACCUGUUCAGGUGCUGUGGAGUUCAUGGUGUGGCGGACUGGAAGGGCGAUGUCCCAGUGUCCUGUUGCAGCAGCAGCCCCUGCAGCAUGCUGCUCCACCCCCCCUGGCCAGAGGGUUGUCUCGUGAAACUGAGGAACUGGUUUGCCAGAAACUAUCUGAACACAGGUGCAGGCGUUGUCACCAUGUUUAUCAUACAGUUUAUUUGUCUGUCCAUCACCGUCCCUCUCUUUUGCCACUUCAGUCGACGUGGAUUGGGUUACCAGUGAUAAACUGGACUUGCAACUUACAGUGACUUCCCGCAUGUCAACAGGUUGCUUUUCCCUGUAUCAAAGUUUUAUUAAUCUGCUUCAAAUGCCCAAAAGGUUGUCGUUUGCAAUGAACCAGGGAUGAACUGAGGAUCGCUAUUGAAAAUGUUGUAUGAUCAUUGAAUGUGAAAUGAAAAACAUAAUAUGAGACAUUUAAUUGGUAGAUAAGUUAUGACAUGAUAAUGUAAGGCCUGUCCUAACCCACACAGACCCAAGAGACCUGUUCCCACUGUGAGUGCUAGGCUGCCCUUCCCAGUUCGUUGGACUACAAGAACAUUUUAAACUAGACCCAAACACUAGACGUAGACACACUAGACCAGGGGUCACCAAAAUGGUGCCCGCGGGCACCAGGUAGCCCCCAAGGACCACAUGAGUAGCCCUCAGGCCUGUUCUAAAAAUGAAAAUUGAAUAUUGA